UGGCUGUGAGGUGGGAGUGGGCGUCACAAUGGGCCAGAAAAUGUGGGCAGAGGCAGAAAGAUGGGCGCCGUGUCCACGACGGCAGCAGGCGGCGCUCCGGGGAAGCGCAAGAGCUUUGCCGCCCGCGAUCCCGGACUAUGGUUGGCGGUGGCUUUCGCUCUGGGCCAGUGGACGCGGAUGGCAUCUUGUUCUUCAACCGUCGAUAGCACAGCUGAUGAAGAAGUGUCCUCACCAACACAACUCAUUGUGGGGACUGGGGCAGAUGCAAGGCUUCCAUGCAUGUUCAGGUCAUCAGAGGAAAUCACUAGUGCAACAUCUGUUACGUGGAGCUUUCAACCAGAGGGAUCAAAGGCUCGUCCCAUACCAUUUUUCUAUUACUCAAAUGGGAGGGAAUAUAAUGGAAAGAAUACACAAUUCAAUGGCCGAAGUACCUGGGCUGGAGAUUUUUAUAACAAGGAUGCAUCCAUCAAGGUAGCAAACAUGCAACCUAUAGACAAUGGCACUUACUUCUGUGAUGUUAAGAACCCACCAGACAUAGUCACUGAGCCAGAGCAAGUUGAAGUUAGAGUUUUGGAGUUAGAGAAAAUAUUGGCUGUUGCAGUAUCUUCACCAACAGAAAUCUAUGUGGAGUCUGGGAAAAUUGCAAGGCUUCCAUGCUGGUUCAGAACAACAAUGAUGAUUAGUGCUGCUGCAUCUGUUAGCUGGAGCUAUCAAGCACUGGGAUCAAACAGUCUUAUUUCAUUUUUCUAUUACUCAAAUGAGAAAGCAUAUGAUGGGAAGAAUACACAAUUCACUGGCCGCAGCACAUGGGAUGGAGAUAUUUUAAAGAAAGAUGCAUCCAUCAAGAUAGAAAACAUGCAACCUACAGACAAUGGCACUUAUUUCUGUGACGUUAAGAACCCCCCAGAUGUAGUCACUACAGAAAGGCCAAUUGAAGUUAAAGUUGUGGAGAAAGCCCAGGUUUCAGCUGUGGAAGUAUACACACCAGCAGAACUCUCUGUGGAGAAUGGGACAGAAACAAAGCUUCCAUGCAGCUUUUCAUCCUCAGAGGUGAUCAGCAGUGCCGCUACUGUUACCUGGAGCUUUCAACCCGAGGGAUCAACUACUACUGUGUCGUUCUUCUAUUAUUCCCAUGGCAAAUCAUAUCCUGGGAAGGAUACACAAUUUAAGGACAGAAGCAACUGGGCAGGUGACCUUAACAAGAAAGAUGCAUCUAUCAGUAUAUCCAACAUGCAGUUCCGGGACAAUGGCACUUUCAUCUGCGAUGUCAAGAACCCUCCAGAUAUAGUUGUCACACCUAGUGAAAUCAAAGUCAGAGUUGUGGAAAAAGGUAACUUGCCUGUGUUUCCCAUUACUCUAGUAGCAGGGGCAUCCAUUGGUGGAGUUCUGGGCUUAGUUUUGCUCAUCGUUCUUAUUGUGUGUGUCGCAUGCAGAAAGAAGAAUUCUAAAAAUCAUUACUCUGGCUGCAGUACCUCUGAGAGCUUGGUGUCUCCAGUUAAGCAGGCUCCACGGAAGUCCCCCUCCGACACAGAGGGUCUGGUAAACAGCGUGCCCAUCCGAUCACACCAGGGCCCAGUAAUUUAUGCGCAGUUAGAUCACUCCGGAGGGCGUUACAGUGACAAGAUCAACAAGUCGGAAUCUGUCGUCUAUGCUGACAUUCGGAAGAACUGAGGAAAUCCCAACCAACCCAAAGCUAAACAAAAAUUCAAACUGGAAUCGCUUGAAGAAGAUUGACCCAGAGAACUCACAUGUGGCCUUUGAUGCCUAGGCUAGGACCAAUGCAUGUGCAUACAGAGAGAAAGAGAUUAUAUAUGUAUUGUGUGUAAAUAGUCUAUUUAAAUCGUACAGAACUGAGACCAAUGUUGCAUGUUGAAAUAUGAUAAGAAUUCUGCUUAUAAAUUGCUAAUAUUUUUUUUUGUAUCUAGGAUAAGAGGAAGAAAGCAAAUAUUCAUAUUACACCUUUAAGUAAUUUGUCUGUUCUAUGGAAAAACUGGAAAAUUCCUGGAUAGUCUAAUGAAUUUGAUACUUUGUUUUUUACAGGAUUGAUUUCUUUUGAUGAAAUGGACUUGAGGAUAAGUGUU